AUGUCUCCUCGCCGCCCUCCUCCUCAACCUAUCCGCAUCCCUCGUCGUCAAGGCCGGACCAACGUGUCGACGAAUCACGCCGCAAUCCCUACAUUCACGCGCCGACUGCCGAAACAAAUCCCGCAAGCCCCUGGCGAGUCUUCCGCUUCGGCGCCGCCAGACUCGCCCGUCGACCUUCGUGUCGUUCCUGCCCAGUACGAGUCGCGGCCAGCUUCGACCAACCGCCUCGCUGAGAUUGCAGUCGACAUUCAGCCGCCAACGCCCGAAGCUGUCGAGCGUCCCAGUCAACGACGCAGCGCCGAAGCCGCCGCCGCGGUUCGAGCACUCAAGCAGUCCCACCGCACUGCGUCCGUCUACUCCUCUUCCUCGUCGAACGGCACACUGGAGAUUGCGACUACGCAAGUUGGGCGGCAGGGCGGGGUCUACCUUCGACCGGACUUGAGCGGGAAGAGCAACCUCACCCUCGACCAAUUGCCUCGAACCGUCAGCCUCGAGGAUCUGGUCAUCCACGAGGUCGGCAAAUCCGACAACGAGGAGGAGACGCUGGCGUCUUCGACGGUCGCAGCGGAAGACGUCAACCAUCGCCCGAUAUCCCUCACCCACGCCGCUCCUUCCACCGACCUGCCAACCCGCACUUCUUCCCUCUCUCGCUCCUCUUCCCUCGUACCUCUCGCCGGCCAAAACAUCCCUCCGCCUCGCUACCAGUCCCGCCCAACUCCGCCUUCUUCCCUCCCGCCUCGCCCUUCCCACCCUUCUCCUCCAAGCUCUCGCCCUCCUCGCAGCGAGACAGAAGCCGAGCGUUUCAAGCGUCUCUACCUCUGUCCUUGGGAAGGGUCGUCGCCCAAGGCGUUGUUGCGCCGAAGCGGGCGUGAAGAUGCCCCAGGGUCAAUGCAGGAGAAGGAAGUCGCGAACGAGAAAGGCCUUCCUUUCCACGUUGGCUGCGAUAUCCAGCAUCAGGGGACAAGGCGGACGAAGCAAGAGCGGAAGAGGUUGGCGUUGAAGAUUGGCCUUGGACUGCUCGUCCUCGCUCUCUUCGUCGAUUUGAUUGCCCUUAACGUUCGCGUCUGGUCCUUGCGCGAUGCGUACUACGACGAGUGA